CGACAAUACAAAUAAAGCCCCCUCUCUCAUACAAACAACACCUCGCCCGCCAACAACUCCCCAUCCGCGACUUGCACUGAUACCCGUCGAAGCAAGCAUGGCGGACCGGUACAUUCCUGAGCAUCGCCGCACUGCCUUCAAGGCGAAGAGCGCUUUCAAGCCGGACGAAUUGCGCCGCCGCCGAGAGGAGCAGCAGGUAGAGAUUCGUCGGGCUAAGCGUGAGGAGAACCUUGCCAAACGUCGCGGUAUCGCAGGGAGGGACCAGCCUGGAGCGUCCCUAGGAGCCGCUCCGGAUAGCGAAGAUGAGGGCGGCAACAUCGAAAGCCAGCUCAAUGAAGAAUUGCCUUUGAUGGUAAAGGGAGUUUUCUCCGACCAGAUCGACGAGCAAAUCCAGGCUACAACAAAAUUCAGAAAGCUGUUGUCCAAGGAGCGAAACCCUCCGAUCGAGCGUGUCAUUGAGACCGGCGUCGUGAGCCGAUUCGUUGAAUUCCUGCGGUCGCCACAUACUCUUGUGCAGUUUGAGGCUGCUUGGGCCCUUACCAAUAUUGCUUCUGGUUCUGCCCAGCAGACCCAAGUCGUCAUCGAGGCUGGCGCCGUACCCAUCUUCGUCGAGCUCCUCGGCAGCCAUGAAGCAGAUGUCCGGGAGCAGGCCGUCUGGGCGCUUGGAAACAUUGCUGGAGAUAGCCCUGCCUGCCGUGAUUACGUUCUCUCCCAGGGCGCACUCAAGCCCCUCCUUGCCCUUCUGGGCGACAGCCGCAAGCUGAGCAUGCUAAGAAAUGCUACCUGGACCCUCAGCAACUUCUGUCGUGGCAAGACCCCUCAGCCGGAAUGGUCGACGAUUGCGCCCGCUCUUCCCGUGCUUGCCAAGUUGGUCUACUCCCUGGAUGACGAAGUUCUCAUUGAUGCCUGCUGGGCCAUAUCGUACCUCUCGGACGGUUCCAACGACAAGAUCCAGGCAGUGAUUGAGGCUGGCAUCCCCCGUCGGUUGGUGGAAUUGCUGAUGCACGCCUCGACCUCUGUUCAGACUCCCGCUUUGAGGUCUGUUGGCAAUAUCGUUACUGGCGAUGAUGUCCAGACACAGGUAAUCAUCAACUGCGGUGCCCUGCCCGCUCUCCUUCACCUCCUUAGUUCUCCGAAGGAUGGCAUCCGGAAGGAGGCAUGCUGGACCAUCUCCAACAUCACCGCGGGCAACUCCAAUCAGAUCCAGGCCGUCAUCGAUGCUAAUAUUAUUCCUCCCCUCAUCCACCUUCUGCAGAACGGAGAUUUCAAGACCAGGAAGGAGGCCUGCUGGGCCAUUUCCAAUGCCACUUCUGGAGGGCUGCAGAAACCGGCACAGAUCCGCUACCUGGUGCAGAGCGGCUGCAUCAAACCUCUGUGUGACCUACUCGCAUGCCCCGACAAUAAGAUUAUACAGGUGGCUCUCGAUGGCUUGGAGAACAUCCUAAAGGUUGGCGAGAUGGACAAGGAGGCGGGUGUGGACAGUGCCGGUGGGGAGCCGAUCAAUCGUUAUGCUCUGUUCAUCGAAGAAGUCGGCGGCAUGGAGAAGAUCCACGAUUGCCAGAACAACGCCAAUGAGGAAAUUUAUAUGAAGGCUUACAACAUCAUUGAGAAGUACUUCUCCGAUGAAGAGGGAGAGGCCGAGAACAUGGGCGAGGCAGGUCCUCAGAUCAACCAGGACGGGCACUUUGGAUUCGGCGCUCCCCAGCAACAGCAACAGCAGCAGAACUUCAACUUUGCCAACAACGGCGACUCUAUGGACAUGUGAGGAGACGCACUAUCCUAGCCUUCCAAGCUGCGCGCCCUGGCGUGUGGCAAUACACCAAAGGAUGUCCAUGUCUACGGCUGCAACGUUCCCCACACCUGACCUUCACUAUAUACCCCUCGAUGUCGCCUCCUGGCGGACUGUAUACUGUCCUGCGCCCCCGUUCCCCGCCCUCCAUGGGCAAGCAGCCUGACCCUUACUGUUAUGGAUUAUUUACCCCUGGAAAGCAUCGUAAGAUACACCGUCAUGUAAACCCCUUUUUCUCUCUAACCGCAUCAUAUCCCGGGAGUCUCGAGUUUGGUUUGCUCAUUGUUUCCUGCUGCCGGGCUUGGCGUCAGGGGGACGCUGGACGGGGUGGUGGAGGGGUGAGAGGAGUUGAUCCCAAGAGCUACGCCUACUAAAAGGCCAGAGAUGAGCUGGUGAGGAGGCCAGCUCUGUGUUUAAGGAGGGACAGUUCGAGGUCGAUAGCGCAAUGCAAUCAUGCUGAUU